GGUUGGCGACACACCGCUGGAUUCUGAGUUGCGACGGAGGCAAAGCGAGCUGCUUUGGCAAACCCCUACAUUUGAUGAACUAGCUUCAGUUAGAAAAAGGGCUUUUUUUGAAAAUUUGAAUUUCCAAACGCGCCACAUAUGAAAUCCUUGUUGAAAUCCAUCACCCCUCUGUCUUUCAGUAGAAUUGCUUCUCCUCUCUUAUACUCUUCCUCUAUCUCCCUACAGAUCCAAAACCCAACACCUCUCUCCACCUUAAUCGAUGAUUUCACCCGAUUCUGCUACCAAAAAGACCUCCCAAAAGCGAUCAAUGCCAUGGAUUCCCUCCAAAAACACGGGAUUUGGGCUGACCCCAUCUCAUAUUCCACACUCAUCAAGUGCUGCAUCGACAGUGGCGCAAUCGAGCAAGGCAAGCUCAUCCACCGGCAUGUUUUCUCAAAUGGGCAUGAGCCCAAAACGUUCCUAAUCAACAAUCUCAUCAACAUGUAUCUGAGAUUCGGCCUCUUCAACGACGCAUGCAAGCUGUUCGAUGAAAUGCCUGAACGAAAUGUAGUUUCAUGGACCACCAUGAUUACAACUUUCACUAAUAGUAAGCGUGGUGAAGAAGCUUUGAAGCUUUUGAUUCUGAUGGUUAGGGAAGGUGUGAUGCCCAACAUGUACACUUUCUCAUCUGUGCUGAGGGCGUGUGAUGGAUUAAGUACCCUACAGCAGCUCCAUUGUAGUAUGAUUAAAAGAGGGCUGGAGUCAGACGUCUUUGUAAGGAGUGCCUUGAUCGAUAUCUAUGCGAAAUGGGGCAAUUUAGAUGAUGGGUUUCGUGUUUUCAGUGAGAUGGUUACCUAUGAUUUAAUUGUUUGGAAUUCAAUCAUUGGUGGAUUCGUUCAGAACAAUGAUGGUCAUGAAGCUCUGAAUCUCUUUAAACGAAUGAAGAAAGCUGGUUUUCAAGCAAAUCAGGGAACAUUAACAAGCGUUUUAAGAGCCUGCACGGGGUUAGUACUGUUAGAGCUGGGAAGACAAGUGCAUGCUCAUGUGCUGAAGUUUGAGAGAGACCUGAUUCUGAACAAUGCCCUUCUCGAUAUGUAUUGCAAAUGUGGGAGCUUGGAGGAUGCAGAAUCUGCAUUCAAGAGGAUGUCGGAAAGAGACGUGAUCUCUUGGAGCACCAUGAUCGCUGGCUUGGCACAGAAUGGUCAGAGCCGGCAAGCUCUGGAACUGUUUGAGUCGAUGAAAGCUUCUGGAAUGAAACCGAACUACAUCACCGUUGUGGGUGUCUUGUUUGCUUGCAGCCAUGCAGGCUUGGUCGAAGAUGGAUGGUACUACUUUCGAUCAAUGAAGAGGCUUUAUGACAUCGAGCCGGGAAGAGAGCAUUAUGGUUGUAUGGUGGAUCUCCUUGGCAGGGCGGGCCAGCUCGAUGAAGCCAUUAGAUUCAUCCAUGAAAUGGAAUACGCCCCGGAUUCUGUUACAUGGAGAACACUCCUUGGAGCAUGCAGAGUUCAUCACAAUGUAAAGCUGGCAGUGUAUGCAGCAAAGCGGAUUCUAGAAUUGGAACCUAACGAUGAAGGGGCAUACAUACUCUUAUCUAAUAUCUAUGCGAAUUCUUGGAGGUGGGACGACGUCGAAGAUGUGAGGAAAGCAAUGAGAAGGAGAGGCCUAAAGAAAGAGCCUGGUCGUAGUUGGAUUGAAGUGGACAAGCAGAUUCAUGCCUUUGUUGUGGGAGACAGAUCACACCCACAAAUAGAUGAUAUCAGUAAAGAGCUGAGCAGAUUGAUCCAGAGAAUAAUGGAUGUGGGGUACGUUCCAGACACAAAUUUUGUGUUGCAUGAUCUUGAAAAAGAGCAGAAGGAAGAUUCACUCCGCUAUCACAGUGAGAAGCUGGCAAUGGCUUUUGGGCUGAUGAACUCUGCAAAGGAAAAACCGAUCAGGAUCAUGAAAAAUUUAAGGAUCUGCGGUGACUGCCACACAUUUGCAAAGCUUGUUUCGAAGAUGGAAUGUAGGAACAUUGUAAUCAGGGACCCUAUCCGCUUCCACCAUUUCAAGGAUGGCACGUGUUCAUGCACAGAUUAUUGGUAAUGCAAGUGGAGGAUGCAAACAUACAGAUGCAGCUUUGCUUGCUUGCUUCUGUUGAGCACUAAGAUCAGAAAUAGCUAAUGAUCAGAAACUGGUGGGGAGUACACAUGGUGCUGUAAAGGCUAACUGUUGAGCUUGGCCCAGCGUCCUGGUUGAUAUCUUGUUGAUCAUGAGGUAAAAGAGCUGGGAUUUUCUGCCUGUUUAUCUUUACAAAAAGACCACCACGUGACAUUGAGCCCAUGUGGCAGGUAAAGAAUAGUUGAAGAUGCAAUUCAGGGGGAGAAGAUAAGAGAAAGCAAUGCCCAAGAUUGUCCUUUUUGUGUGGGUUUUGAACCAUGGCCAUCUGGGGGUUCCAUGUGGACAAUGGUUAAUUCAUUAUCUACUGUUCUUUUGAAGGAGGCUCUAUCAUACUGUGAUCAAGAAGGCCCUUUCGCAUCAUUUUCGUGAAGACUAUCCAUUCAUUUUGGAACUUUGACGUGAAAGGAGCAGGAAAAGAAAUCUGUGCAAAUAUCUAGGGUUGAAAUGAGCAUCCUUGGAGCGUUUUUUUUUUUGGAAGACACAGGGUGUCCCCACCUCUUUUUUGAAGUGAGACUAAUCCCAGCGGAUACACGCAAUCACCCACAACCAUGUGUAUUGGGUAAAGCCAAGGAGGGGAAUCAAACCCUCACCUUGGAGGGUUUUCUUUCAUCCCUUAUUAUGGAAUACUAUAGAAUUUUAUUAACCAAGAAAUAGAAAAGAAGGAAGCUGCUCAUUAUGGCAAUGGAUGGCAAUUACCAAUUACAAUAGUUGGCAUAGAUCUUUAGCAGGAGAAUCAAGUACAAAUUUUCCUAUGAACAGCACUAAUAGAAAAUGAUUUUUCAUUAUCUCAAUUGAAGUAAUGAGCUACUGAAUAUGGGAGGUUUAUUAUUGUAACUAGUCCUCAUGUUCCCUCAAUUGACCUAAAUAUAUUAUUAAAAUGGACUAGUUGAGAAAGA